CAGUCCAAGAGGAGAACCUACAAACGACACUACAGGUUAAAACCACCGGGUCAAAAAGACAAGAGGCUGCUAGCUUCCUUAAGACCUUCUUUGGUAGGCUGGCCCCACAAAGGAACCGAGAAACACAGCCUGCGAUGGACAGCAGUAAUUGUAAAGUGAAUGCUCCUCUCCUGAGUCAAAGACACCGGAGGAUGGUCACAAAAGACGGCCACAGCACACUUCAGAUGGAUGGUGCUCAAAGGGGCCUUGUGUAUCUCCGAGAUGCAUGGGGAAUCCUAAUGGACAUGCGCUGGCGCUGGAUGAUGCUGGUCUUUUCUGCUUCUUUUGUUGUCCACUGGCUUGUCUUUGCAGUCCUCUGGUAUGCUGUAGCUGAGAUGAAUGGUGAUCUGGAAAUAGACCACGACGUCCCACCUGAAAACCACACUAUCUGUGUGAAGCACAUCACCAGCUUCACAGCUGCAUUCUCCUUCUCUCUGGAGACACAACUUACAAUUGGUUAUGGUACCAUGUUUCCCAGUGGUGACUGUCCAAGUGCAAUCGCCUUACUUGCCAUACAAAUGCUCCUAGGCCUCAUGCUAGAGGCUUUUAUCACAGGUGCCUUUGUGGCGAAGAUUGCACGGCCAAAAAAUAGAGCUUUCUCAAUUCGAUUCACUGACUUAGCAGUUGUAGCUCACAAAGAUGGCAAACCUAAUCUUAUCUUCCAAGUGGCCAACACCCGGCCCAGCCCUCUGACCAACGUUCGUGUCUCUGCUGUACUCUAUCAGGAAAGAGAAAAUGGUGAACUUUACCAGACCAGUGUGGACUUCCACCUUGAUGGCAUCAGUUCUGAGGAAUGUCCAUUCUUCAUCUUCCCGCUAACCUAUUACCAUACUAUCUCACCAUCAAGUCCUCUAGCUACCCUGCUCCAACAUGAGACUCCUCCACACUUUGAAUUAGUUGUGUUCCUCUCAGCAAUGCAAGAAGGCACUGGGGAAAUCUGCCAAAGGAGGACAUCCUACCUGCCCUCUGAGAUCAUGUUACAUCACCGAUUUGCAGCUCUAAUGACUCGAGGUUCCAAAGGUGAGUAUCAAGUCAAGAUGGAGAAUUUUGACAAGACUGUUCCUGAACAUCCAACACCUGUGGUCUCUAAGAGUCCACACAGGACUGACCUAGAUAUUCAUAUCAAUGGACAAAGCAUUGACAAUUUCCAGAUUGCUGAAACAGGGCUGACAGAAUAAGACUCAUCUACACCGUCCUACUUCUUAAUGUAUUAAAUAUAUGCAGCCAGCUAUGCAGCUAUUUUCCUUCACUGUAUCUCAUGUUUCCUUGUUCUCAGUGCUGAUUAUAUCAUAGUAAUGAUGUCUAUGCCCACAAAAAAAAAAAGAAAAAAGAAAAAAAGGCUAACUAUACACAUCCCUCAAAACAAAACCGCCUAGUUACCUAUUCAUAUCAGUGGUAAUCUGCUCUUAUCAAGGCAACUCAAUCUGAUAGGUAUCCAUGCUAGCAAAUCUGCAAAGAUGUAGGCAUGGUAUCAGAAACAAUGAUAAAAUGGACAGUUAUGGCGCACACAGUUGAACUCUUAAGAAAAUCACCUCUCAUUUACAUCUGUAAACUGAAACAACAAACUAGUUUCAAACCUAGCUCCCUGGGUAGAAAGCUGAUUUCACAGUAUUUGGUGAACAUCCUUGUACAACUUUUAUUUUUCAACAUAGCAAACAUCAUUCCUUUAAUUCUUUAAACUACAAAACUGGGAUAAGCAUCUCAAUUUCUAACAGCUAGAAACAAAAGUACAAAAGAAAAGUAACAAUAUGGAUUUAUAGAGAAUCCCAAAAGCAUUUGAAUACAACACCCAAAUACAUGUAUGUAUAUUCAUGUAUUUGUGGUAGAAAAUUCAGAACAAAUAAGAAAAGCUCUGCCCAGACAGAGCUUACAGGGUGGCAUUUCUGGCAAAGAGAUGCAAAACUUUGUUCUAACUAUUUUUAAAUCUUACUUGCAUAACAUUAAGUAGUAAUCUAAAAGUUAAUCACCUCAGGACUUGAGCUGCUUCUAACGCAAGUAAAAGAUUAUCUUCGUACUUAUGACCCAUUCAAUGACAUAAAAGAGUCCUACAAACUUUCUAAAUACAAAUAUGUAUUUAAGUUUUUAUAAAACAAGGCCUUAGUUAAAUAUAUAACUCAACCAGGAAAAAAAUCUCCAAUCGAUAAAGCAAAAAAUUAGGUAACAAAGUAUUUUCAAACCCAAAUUCCUGUUUCCAACAUCAAAUAGUUUUUUCUAUAAACAGAAAAUGAGUGUUUAUUCACCAGUAGGAGGCUGGACUAGAUGAUCCCUAUUAUUUCAUUCCAAGUCUAAUAUUCCAUGAAAAUUAUGCUUUCUCUGCCUGUUUUUAUUUCAUAUAUACUAAGAUGAACCCCUUUUUAUAUAUCCAGCUUAAAAUAUUUCUUUAAACAAUUUUCAUUUCAAUUAAAAACUGAGCUGAGCUGUUCUUUACCAAACAAAAACAAAAACAAAGUUAUACUAUCAAGUUUCAAAGAGAUCUGCAUGGCUUCUCUUCCUUCCCUUAUUCGGAAUUAAAUGGGAAAAGUAACAGAUUAAGUUUCACUGCAGUGGACGAGCCAGCACAAUCAUCUUGAAAUAUAGACUAUGUAACAGUAAAUGUUACAGACAGCAGCAGGUCACAUUUUUCUACUCUUUGACAGAAAGAUAAGAAAAACAACAACAACAACAAAUUGGAGUGCCCUAAGAAUGGUAAUAGCAGAAGACUAUUAAGAACAGAGAACUUAUUUAUUAUAAAGUUUGACUAUAAAAAUGGAGGCAUAUACGCUUCCAUGGCUUGCAGACCAACCUAAGGCUGCUGAUAAAGAGCAGAAAUUCCUAUUAACAAGAUUAUCCUGACCUGUGAAAAUAAACUGUAUGUAAGACUCCUCUGAAUGUUCCUUCCUAAAGAACACUUACACAGAUUUCAAAUUUAUCAAGCUGUCUAAGGAGACUGUAAAUACUGUGAAUACAUUAAGAGACUUGAAACCCAAAUCUCUCUAGAGGCUUCAUGUUGUCCAAUUAAAUCGGAUAAAUAUGUUUCU